AGGAAGUGGACUAGUCAGCUCAUCAGCCAGUCAGUCUGAGAGUUAGUUAACACAUCGUUGUCAGAUCAGUGAGGUGAAGGCGAGAAAAGAGCAGGGACUGGCUGCAACAGCAAGAAAACAAACAGCUGAAAAUGUUACAAAGAGCAGCAUCAAAUGUGUCAGACAAAGCAAGGAGCAACAAACCAAAGCGUUCUACGAGCUUUGGCAGAUUCGAGGGCCUCAGACACCACUCUUCACAUGCCAAAACAGAGGAAAAUGGGACAAACACGGUCAGAGAAGAGUCUGAUAGUCCAGACCCUGCAAGAUCAGCAGGGCUCGGCAAAAAGAUGAAAGAGAUCUCACUAACCAUGAGGAGAAAAAUGGGCAGAAAGCACAUCAAGUCUCUUUCAGAGGAGACAGGGGAUGACACAGACAAAGACCCAGAGGCAGAAACAGACAGCAGUCCACAGGUGGAAAAAAGCUCUGCAAAGACAAGCAACUCAUUGGAGAGUCUUUGCAGCGGCCAGAGCUCCUCCAGUGGCAUCACCAGCGAGUCCAACGGCUCCGGUCAGAGAGACAGUCUGAAGCUGGAGGAGGACGGCUCUUAUCAGGGCCAGUUCUGUGGUCGGGCUCGGGUCCACACCGAUUUCGUUCCCAGUCCGUAUGAUACAGACUCACUGAAGCUGAAGGCUGGUGACAUCAUCCACAUUAUCAGCAAGCCUCCGAUGGGCAUCUGGACUGGCAUGCUCAACAACAAAGUGGGGAACUUUAAGUUUAUCUACGUGGAUGUUUUGGAGGAGGAGAAGGAAAAGGAGGCAGAGGAGGAAACCCCAAAGAUCAGACAGCAGAAGCUGUGCAGGAGGCCACGACCCAAAACACUGCUGGAGUUACUGGAGCGGCUGAACCUAGAGGAGUACGCCUCUGCCCUGCUGCUGAAUGGCUACCAGACAGUAGAGGACCUGCUGCACCUGCAGGAGAAGCACCUGAUAGAGCUGAAUGUCAAGGACCCCGAACACAGGCGAAAGCUUCUGGCCGCAGCCGAGUGCCGCUAUGUAGAAGGUGAUGAUACGAGCAAUGCAGAGGAGCACAAAUCCUCCCAGCAAGAAGAAGACAGCGACUGUCCCAGAGACUCAGGCUGCUUCAUCCCGUCAGAGUGUUCGGACACUAAGGAGGACGUAGAGCAGCCUGUAGACACAGGGGAUGCAUGAGGCGCUCGUCUUAUCGCACAGUUUCACAAUGAUUCUGCUGAUGAAUUAUAAGAAUCCUCUCAACAUGUAAUGUUUACACCCCCUGCUCUGACUCGAAGUUUGUAUAACGUGAGAACUCCUUCAAAGGUCACUUAAGGAGGAUAAUGUCGCCAAAAUGCUAAAUAUCAUCUCAUCCUUUUGUUGCUUUAUAAAAGUAAAUGUUCCAAAGUUUGUUGAUUUAGAUUUUAAACAAAUUACAGUAUUAAUUUGAGUCAGUUAUAUUUAUUACAUUCCAAAUGAUCCAAUAUUUUCUUUGCAAUUCUUAAAGCCUUUAUUUAUCACAGAUGCAUCACUUUUAUAUUUCCCCUCUCAGUUUUUCUUUCCUCUGUAUGUAGUGGUUCGAGUGAAGAUGUUUGGAUGAUG